AUGGAUUGGUUUGAGGGAUAUUUCAUGGGGAAGAACACCAUGGUGUUGAAGAGCCAAGAGGACACCGAAAACGCGGCCUUGGAGCAGAGACUGGAAGCCAUUGAGGCUCUGCUUGGCGUCUUGAAGUCUGCGCAGCCCAAAGAUGUCAAGGAAGCCGCCGACGCAGCGGCCAACAAGGCUGUAGCCACGGUGGCCAACAAGACCAAGAUCAAGGCUGCGAAGCGUUCCAAGGUUGGGGCGGUUGGGGGCCCUUUGGCGGGAGGAUCAGAAGUGUGGGCCCACGGGCGUGCUGCCCAACGGUGGACCUGCACAGCAGCGGCCUUGUUGGACGGGACGGACGCUAAUAUGUAA